UUUUGCAGUAAUCGACCCCUUGACCUGCUUCAUCACUGCUUCCCUCAAAUACGUCUUUCUCUCAAUCGAUCCAAGAUCUCAAUUGCCAAAUCUAACUGAACACCCCUCUCAAUCGAUCCAAGAUAUCCAUCUGGAAACCUAAAUCUCUCCCAAUCGGGAAACGCAAUCGAUCAGGGACGGAGCCGGUGAGGAUCCAAAUCGACGACGUUUUUCACCGACUGAAUCUAUCGCCUCGCCUUCAUUUGACCGAUUACAUCCUGAUCUCCCUGGUUCUUCUGUUCGCACAGCCUCACAAAUCUUGUUGUUCAAUGGCAUCCAGUUCUAACAAAGGUGGUGGCUACUAUGGUGCUGCUCCAUAUAGAUCAAGGGAAGGGCUUAGCGCCAGACAAGGGAACAGUUCUGAUGAAAUCCAACUGCAGAUUGAUCCAAUGCAUGCGGAUCUGGAUGAUGAGAUCAGUGGCCUUCGAAAGCAAGUUAGACAGUUAAAGAAUGUAGCUUCAGAGAUCGAGUCGGAGGCCAAAUUUCAGAAUGAGUUUAUUAAUCAGCUGCAAAUGACACUAAUCAAAGCUCAAGCAGGAGUGAAGAACAAUAUGAGGAAGUUAAACAAAAGUAUCAUCCAAUCUGGUUCAAGCCAUGUUCUCCAUGUUGUUCUCUUUGCACUUUUCUGCCUCUUUCUGGUUUACUUGUGGUCUAAAUUUUCGCGAAGAUGAGGUCAGAUUGGGAUAAUUUUGAAGACAAAAAAGCUACUACCAAAUACUAGACAUUAGUGCGUAAAAAACGGCAUGUAAAGUUUACUGUUAUAAACCAAUUGAAGUGUAAAAUGAUUUUUGUGGGUACAUGUUUAUUAUAAUAUUUGUGAUUGGUAUGGCUUAUAUUU